GCUGACCCUGGCAUCAUGCACUCUCCAGGCUGCACUGGGCCCAAGGCUCUGUUGUUCUUGCUGCUCCAGCUGCUUAUGCUACACCUGGACCCAGCCAAUGCCACCUUCAUCAGCAUCAACCGGGGCCUGAGGGUGAUGAAGGGUAGUUCUGCCUUCCUGUCUGGAGAUCACCUGAGGUUUGCCAUCCCUAAAGAGAAGGAUGCUUGCAGAGUGGAGGUGGUGAUGAAUGAACCCAUAACCCAGAGGGUUGGGAAACUCAUACCACAGGUCUUUGAUUGCCAUUUUCUUCCCAAUGAAGUAAAAUAUGUUCACAAUGGAUGCCCAAUUCUGGACAAAGACUCUGUGAAGCUUAGACUUUACAGGUUUACUGAAACAGAGACUUUCAUGGAAACCUUCCUCUUGCGGGUCUCUCUCGUGGAACCAGACUGUAACAUCAUCCGUCUGAGCAGCAACGUGUUGGAAGUGACUGAAUUCUACGGCUUAUCCCAAGCCAUUGAUAAGAACCUGCUCCAGUUUGAUUAUGAUAGGACAGCCAGUCUGGACUGCACCAUCAGAGUAGACCCCGUGAAGACUCAGCUGCCAGCCCAUGGCAAGCUGGUUGUGGUGAAUCGGAAGUCAGAGGGACCGCGUGGAGAUCAGCCACACAGCUUUUUCUCUGAGUCACAGCUAGGGGCAGGACGGAAGUGUCCGGAUGGAAGCUGUACCUUGGAACCGAAGCAAGUGACAAGUCUGAAAGUGAGCUGUGAGGACUUCCUGCUGACAGGGUUUCACUACCAACACAUGCAGCCCCCUUCACCCAACAUUGACUACAUCCCCAUUCAGUUGGAUCUCACAGACAGAAGGAGUAAAACCAUUUACAAGUCAGAGAGCGCGUGGUUGCCUGUCUUCAUCAGAGUUGGCAUUCCUAACCAGGCCCCAAGGGCUGCUUUCAUGGCCAUGUUUGUUCUGGAGGUGGACCAGUUCAUAUUGACCCCUCUGACAACCUCCGUGCUGGACUGUGAGAAGGAUGAGACUCCGAAACCCUUGCUGGUGUUUAACAUCACCGAAGCCCCACUCCAGGGCUAUGUGACCCACCUGCUGGAUCACACCAGACCCAUCUCUUCAUUUACCUGGAAGGAUCUCAGUGACAUGCAAGUUGCCUACCAGCCACCGAACAACAGCCACCCUGAGAGGAGACAUUACAAGAUGGAGCUGGAGGUGUACGACCUCUUCUUUGAGAGGAGCGCCCCCAUCACAGUCCACAUCUCCAUCAGAACAGCAGACACGAAUGCACCUCGGGUGUCCUGGAAUACAGGUUUGAAUCUCCUAGAGGGGCAGUCUCGGGCCAUCACUUGGGAACAGUUUCAGAUCGUGGACAAUGAUGACAUUGGUGCUGUGCAGUUGGUCACCAUUGGUGGUCUGCAGCAUGGACGGCUUACAGUAAGAGAGGGGAAAGGAUUUCUCUUCACCGUGGCUGAUCUUCAGGCUGGAGUUGUUCGAUAUCAUCAUGAUGACAGUGAUACCACCAAAGACUUUGUGGCUUUCAGGAUAUUCGAUGGCCAACACAGCAGCCAUCACAAGUUUCCUAUCAACAUCUUGCCUAAAGACGACAGUCCCCCAUUCCUCAUAACCAAUGUCGUGAUUGAACUAGAAGAGGGGAAGACCAUCUUGAUCCAAGGGUCCAUGCUGAGAGCUUCAGACAUGGACUCCAGUGAUGACUACAUCUUCUUUAAUAUCACAAAGUUCCCACAGGCUGGGGAGAUCAUGAAGAAGCCAGGGCCAAGAUUGAUAGGAUAUCCUGUCUCUGGCUUCCUUCAGAGAGACCUGUUCAGUGGAAUCAUUUACUAUCGUCACUUUGGUGGAGAAAUCUUUGAAGAUUCUUUUGAAUUUGUCCUGUGGGACAGCCAUGAACCUCCAAAUCUCUCAGUGCCACAGGUGGUGACGGUCCAUAUCACUCCAGUAGACGACCAGCUUCCCAAGGAAGCUCCCGGCAUAUCCCGGCAUUUGAUUGUCAAGGAAACGGAAGUGGCCUACAUCACUAAAAAGCACCUACAUUUCCUAGACACAGAAUCGCAUGGUGGGGAGCUUGUCUACACGAUGACACACCCUCCAUGCUUCUCCUCCAGCCACAGGCACUUGGAUGCUGGGAAGCUGUUCAUGGUGGACAGCAUACCAAAGCCAACCAAGAAUCCCACAGCCCCAGGGCUGAGCUCAUUUACUCAGGUAAGAAGAUUUGGAAAGACCCUGGCUAACACAGUAUGCAGUAUGGCUUCUCAUUGUUGGGGGGGCCUGGGCUUGGAUUGCUACAACAUUGUGAUCUCUGUAAAUCAGUGCAUAUGUGCAUCUCAAUUUGCUUCACAGCAUGCCGUGAACCACAUGAAAGUGGCCUACAUGCCACCCAUGCAGGAUAUAGGUCCCACACCUCGACAUGUGCAGUUCACAAUGUCCGUCAGUAACCAGCGUGGAGGUACUUUGCAUGGAAUCUGCUUCAACAUCACAGUGCUCCCAGUGGACAAUCAGGUUCCUGAGGUAUUCACCAACACCCUGAGAGUGGCUGAGGGUGGCCAAUGCACCAUCAGCACGGAGCACAUUUUGGUUUCUGAUGUGGACACCCCACUGGACAGCAUCUGCCUCUCUCUUCAGGAGAUGCCCCUGCAUGGCGGGGUAGAGCUGGAUGGAUUUCCUCUAAACCCAAGAGGCACAUUUUCUUGGCGAGACCUCCAUACCUUAAAAGUUAGGUAUCAACAUGAUGGAUCUGAGGUUCUUCAGGAUGAGAUAUUCUUGGAGGUCACAGACGGCACAAAUUCUGCAGGAUUUGUUCUCUACAUUGAGGUAUUCCCUGUGAAUGAUGAGCCACCUGUUCUGAAGGCUGACCUCAUUCCCAUGAUGCACUGCUCAGAGGGUGGAGAGGUGACCAUCACCCCUGAAUACAUUUUCGCUACUGAUGCAGACAGCAAUGACUCAGAACUGCUAUUUCUGAUUACCCGAGAACCUCGGCAUGGAGUAGUGAGAAAAGCUGGACUCCGUGUAGACAGGUUCUCUCAAGGAGAUGUCAUCUCAGGAUCUGUGGCAUACAAACAUACAGGUGGUGAGAUUGGCCUCGAAUCUUGUUUUGACACUGUCGUAUUGGUGGUUUCGGAUGGUGACGCUGACCCUUUGGUGAACGGCUGUUGCUAUGAUGGCCCCGAUUCAUCUGUUCCUCUUCAUAAGUCCUUCCCCACAUACCAGCUCAACAUCACGGUGCAUCCGGUCGACAAUCAGCCACCUUCAAUUAUAAUAGGUAGGAUGCUCACGGUGGACGAAGGCUUCUCGGCAGCCCUUACGACUCAUCACUUGACUGCCACUGACUGGGACACUGCCCCGGAUGACUUGGAAUUCAUUUUGGUUUCUCAACCCCAGUUUGGCUACCUAGAAAACACACUGCCCUCCGCAGGCUUUGAGAAAAGGAAUACGGGCAUAAGCAUAGCUUCAUUCCAGUGGACAGACAUGAAGGCUUUGCACAUUAACUAUGUGCAGUCCAGGCACCUGAGGGAGGAGCCAACUGCUGACGAGUUCCUGGUGUAUGCCACAGAUGGGAAGCAACGCUCCUUGGAGACCACAUUUCACAUUAUCAUCAACCCCACAAACGACGAAGCUCCUGACUUUGUGGUACAGAAUAUCACUGUGUACGAGGGCCACAUGGUAGAGCUGGAUUCUGCCAUCAUCAGUGCUACUGACAGGGAUGUUCCCAAGGACCCCUUGCUCUUCAACAUCACACACAAGCCCAAGCAUGGCCUCCUCAUCAACGCGGCCACCAGCAAGGAUGCUCAUCAUGAAAUUCACAACUUCUCCAUGGAACUGCUCCAGAAUGGAAUGAAGCUGGCGUAUGCCCACGAUGACUCGGAGAGCUCUGCUGACAACUUCGUGAUCCAGUUAUCAGACGGGAAACAUAAAAUCCUUAAAACCGUUUCAGUAAGCAUCACCCCAGUGAACGACGAGACACCAACACUAAGCAAGAAGGCUGAAGCCUCGGUGACUGUGGGCCACACUCGUGUUCUGUCUAGUGCGGUUCUUUCAGCCAUAGAUAAGGACUCCCCCAGGGAGAAGAUUCACUACUUAUUUGAAAGACUUCCCCAAAAUGGGCAACUUCAACUUAAGAUAGGGAGGGACUGGGUCCCUCUCUCCGCUGGCAUGCAGUGCACCCAGGAGGAUGUGGACUUGAACUUGCUAAGAUACGCGCACGCUGGUAAAAUGCAUUCCCAGGAUGGAGACCGCUUUACCUUCUACCUCUGGGACGGGGACAACAGGUCACCUGCAUUUGACUGUCGCAUCAUCAUUGAAGACACAGGAAGAGGUGAUAUUGUCAUUCAUGCGAAACCACUCGUGGUAGCCAACGGUGACAGAGGUCUCUUGACGCCUGCCACUCUUCUGGCUGAGGAUGGAGCAGACAAGCCUGAGGAAUUACUCUACCUUAUCACUUUCCCACCACAGUAUGGCCAAGUGGAGUAUGUCUACUCUCCUGGAGUCCCCAUUACCAGCUUUAGCCAAAUGGACAUAGCAGGACAGGCAGUCUGCUACAUACACAAGAGCAGGACUGCCGUCCCCGGUGACAGCUUCAGAUUUACCAUCAGCAAUGGACUGCAGACCCAGCAGGGGGUGUUUGAGAUCACACUGCAGAGUGUGGACAGUGCCUUGCCUGUGCUGACCAGAAACCGAAGGCUGAGGCUAGUGGAAGGGGCCAUGGGCCUGCUGUCCACGGAUCACCUUCAGCUGACUGACCCCGACACACCUCCAGAGAAUCUAACCUUCUUUCUGGCCCAGCUCCCGCGCCACGGGUACCUCUACCUGAGAGGGAAAGUACUUCAGGACAAUUUCACCCAGCGAGAUGUGGACAGCAGGGUUGUGGCCUACCAGCACGCAGGAGGCGGUGCCCAGGAGGACUGCUUUACUUUCCUGGCCACAGACAGGAAGAACCAAGGCUUCGUUGUGCAUGGGAAAGUUCAGAAAGAGCCCGUUCUCUUCACUAUCCAGGUGGACCAGCUGGAUAAGAAGGCACCUCGGAUCACACGCUUGCACUCCCCUUCUCAAGUGGGGCUCUUGAAAAAUGGCUGCUAUGGGAUUUACAUCACUUCCCAUGUGCUGAAGGCAUCUGACCCUGACACAGAGGAUGACCAGAUCAUCUUUAAGAUUUUACGAGGCCCAUUGCAUGGACGUCUGGAGAACACGACAACAGGUGAAUUCAUCCACGAGCAAUUUAGCCAGAAGGACUUGAGCCGCAAGACCAUCCUUUAUAUCAUAAACCCUUCUUUGCACGUGAAUUCAGAUAUCCUGGAAUUUCAGGCCAUGGACCCCACAGGGAACACUGCCCCUCCCCAGAGAUUGGAACUGAAAUGGUCAUAUAUUGAAUGGUCCCAGACUGAAUAUGAGGUCUGUGAGAAUGUGGGCUUACUGACCUUGGAAGUCACCAGAAGGGGAUAUUCCAUGGACUCAGCCUAUGUGGGCAUAGAGGUUAACCAAGUGUCAGCUGUAGUUGGAAAAGACUUUACUGUCACUCCAUCCAAACUGCUUCAAUUUGACCCAGGAAUGUCAACUAAGAUGUGGAAUAUAGCAAUUACCUAUGACGGAUUAGAGGAAGAUGAUGAGGUCUUUGAAGUAAUUCUGAACUCCCCUGUGAAUGCGGUUCUUGGCACACAGACAAAAGCAGCAGUGAAAAUUUUGGACUCAAAAGGAGGACGGUGCCAUCCUUCAAAUUCCUUCAACCAAAGCAAGCACAGCACGUGGGGGAAGGGCCGUUGGCAUCCACUGCCCUCAGGGUCAUCCUCACUCACCACUUCGGGUUCUCCUCAUCUGGAAAGAAGGCCCCCUCCAUCCAUCACCAAAGGAGAUGCUCUUCAGGGUUUUGAUCUCACAGACCUCUCUCAAAGGAAGAUGACGACACAGGGGAAUGGCAAAUCAGUCCUCCCAUCCUCUGUUUGUAGAAAUGGAACAGACACCAUCUACAAUUAUCAUGGUAUAGUUUCCUUGAAACUGGAGGGCGACAGAUUCUCAGCUCACAAACGGAAGGCCAAAAUAUCCGUCAUUCGUCAGCCACAGAGGACAGUCAAGGUGUCAGAGCUGCCUCUAGCCGAUAAGGUAGAACCCACAACCGACUCGCACUUUCUCAGUCAGGGUCUGCGGCCCUUGUUUCCAAAGAACUGUUCUGUGGAAUUAAAGGGACUCUUUCAUUUGGAAGAACACACCCACAGAUUGUAUCAAUGUGAUGGGAUCGCCUGGAAUGUCUGGAGCUCCCAAACCAAGGGGCUGGAGGACAGAUCCUGCCCAGUUGGAUGGCUUCUUCAUUCCGGCUACUGUCACAUCUUGGUCACAAGGCAGAAAGGCACCUGGGCCACAGCUACCCGAGCUUGCAGAGAACAGCACCAGGGCGCCCUUGUGACCGUAUUCUCCAGGAGGCACAUGCAGUGGCUGUGGGCUAUCAGUGGAAGAAAGCCCUUCUGGAUAGGCUUGAAGAACCAAGUGCGAACUGGCCACUGGGAGUGGAUUGGAGGUGAACCUGUUGCUUUCACCAACUGGAGGAGAGGGCCCCCUCUGCACCCGAAGCCUGGAAAGAACUGUGUUUUGGUUCAAAGAAGAGGACAAUGGCAAACAAAGAACUGUAGCAAAGGCAAGGCUCACAAUUUUGUGUGCUCAAGGAAACUCUGAACGGAACCUGAGAUUUCUCAUCUGUCUAUUUACA